GUUCGGGGCCGGUGCGGAGCCGAGGGCGGUGCGGGGCUGCUCCCGCCCGCGGCUCCUCCCGUCCCGCCGGGCUCCUCCCGCCCGCCGGCCCCGGCGAUAUUUAACCUGGGCCGCGGCGGGGAGCGGCAGCGCCGAGCGGGGACAGAGCCGAGCCCGGGGCAGCGCAGCCCGACCCCGCUCAGGUAGCGCCGGGACCCCGCGCCGCGCCCGGCUGCGGCACAGGCGGCGAGCGGAGCGGGGGCAGGACGGGAAGGGGGCUGCGAUCUGGAGCCGGAGCCCGGCGAGACCCCCCCGGGGAGCCGCCCGCCCCGCGUGUCCCGCAGCCGCCGCUCGUCCCGUCCCGCCCGGCCAUGCGAGCCCCGGCCCCGCUGGCGCUGGGUUGCGUCAGCUUCGCGCUGUGCCUGCUGGAGCUGCCCCACGGCCGGGGCCUGCCGCCGCGCAGGGCCACCCCGGCGCGGAGCCCCCCGGAGCGGAUCCCCGCUCUGCCGGGAGACCCCGCGGCCCCGCAGCCCAUCGGGACCCUGCGGCACCGAGCUCCGGUUCCCCGGCACGGCCCGUGGGCCGCCCCCCGGCCCCCGCCGUGGCACGUCCGGCGCCUCAUCCUGCGGCACGACCGACGGCACGACCCCCGGCACGACCCCCGGCCGCCCCGGGGCCGGCGCCACGCCGGGGGGCACCUGGUGCGGGUGGGCUGCGUGCUGGGCACCUGCCAGGUGCAGAACCUGAGCCACCGCCUGUGGCAGCUGCGGGGACAGUCCGGCCGCCGCGACUCGUCCCCCAUGAACCCCAACAGCCCCCACAGCUACGGCUGAGGGGGGGGCGCGCCCCCGCCCCGCGGGACCCCCGAAGCAGCGCCACUGCUCCUCCGCGCCGCCGGGGCCGGCCCCGGGGGGCUCCGGCAGCCGCAGCCCCCUGAUGGAGCGCCGGGGACGGACGGGAGCUGGCAGCGGCGCCCUGGGGAUCGGCGGUGGCCCGUGGUGACCCGCAGAGACUGGCGGUGGCCCAGAGCUGGCCCGCAGUGACUCUUGGUGGCUCGGAGUGGCCCCUGGUGGCGGCCCGUGGUGACCCGGGGUGGCCGGCGGUGGGUCCAAGGGCCACCGGGAAUCCCGCUGACCGCAGCAGCACCGGCACCUUGUGCAAGACCCUCCGGCCGCGCUCCUGCUGACUCAGCAUUCCCGUGGUGCUGCGGCACCCCCGGAGCCCUCCAGGGCACCCCAGCCCUUCCCCGCGGUGACACUGGGGCGGGGGACCCCGCUCCGGGCUGGGGACGAGGCAGCCAGCCCCCAGCACCUUCCCCAGCUUGGGGGUCCCGGUGGGGGCUGGCACUUCCCGGGUGCUGGGGGGGUCCUGCCCUCCUCAUGAACAUUGUCCCCUCCCCUGGCACCUGUGCCCAGCCUGUGUCACCCACAGCCCGGCAGGAGCUGGCCAUAGGGAGAUGUCCCCAAAUGUGGGGGGCAGUGGAAAGGUUGGGGUUCUGUGCCCCACUGCUGCCCUGUCCCGGACCUGUCCCCACUCCUGGCCCUGUCCUGUCCAGCCCUGUCCCCUGACCCCCACGUCGUGUCCCCACAGGCUCAGUGGGUGCCCAUGGACACGAGGGGACACGUGUGACAUCCCUGUCACCCCGGGGUGCCGCUGUCACCCCUCAGGGCUGUCACCUGCCAGGGCCAUCACCCCACGGCGCUGUGGGACAGGGAUGUGUGACCCCAGGUCACUGUCCCACCCCCUCCUGGGAGCAGCUUCAGCAGCCCCCCCAGAGCAGCAGCCCAAAUCCCUCCAGAGCAGCCCUGUCCUCCCAGGAGCACCCCCGUUCCCAGAGCACCCCAUUCCCAGAGCACCCCGUUCCCAGAGCACUCCAUUCCCACAGGAAUGUGCCCAUUCCCCCAGAGCACCCCAUUCUCAGGAACACCCCAUUCCUGGGAACACCCCAUUCUUAGGAACACCCUAUUCCCAGAACACCCUAUUCCUGGGAGCACCCAGCCCCCGGAGCACCCCAAUCCUCUGGGAGCUCCCCAGCCCCCCAUUCCCCAGAGCACCCGGCUGUCCCUGGAGGUUUAGGGACAGGAUGUCCCCUGGGUGCCACACGAACGGAGCUGUCCCUGGGUGUCCAUCCCCUGGGUGUCCCAGUUUCAGGACAGGAUGUCCCAGGAAUGUCUCAAGGUGUCCCGGGAUGUCCUGGGAUGGGAUCCCAUGGGUGCCACCAGGAGCUGUGUUCACCCCACGGGUGUCCCAGGACCUCCCGUACCCCGUGGAGCUGCCGAGGGGCGCGGGGGUCCCGAGGGGCGCGGGGUCCCCAGGCCUUUGUCCCCUCCCCCGGGUGCCCCGCUGAGCCCGGUGGGUGCCCGAGCCAUCCUGGCCCAGGUGGCUGCUUCCCGGGAACCCUGGUUUGUGUGGAAUAAAGAAAGUGU